CGCGGCGUCGAGACGUACUCUCGUCGUACUCCCGGCGUGAAAUCGUUACUCGCGUCAGGGAGGAUGCACCGGUGUGCUCUUGGCGAGCCUGACGUCGGCGUCGGUGAUCCCACGGGCGCCGGGACGACGCGAAAGAAAGUCAUGUCAAUUACGACGAGUGUUGAAGUAAAAGAAAGUAUAGUAACAAUCGAAGGAGUGCUGGAUCACUUAAUAACGUACCGAUAACAAUAUCAGUCUGUUCAAGUUUCAUAUAAUAUAUAUUUGUCUAUUGAAUAUUUUAACGUGACCGUCGUGCCUGAGUGUUUGAUAGAAAGUUUAACGAGACAACCCGAAGCGUCGGUCGUCUUGAAUGUAUGUGAUUAAAAAUAUAUAUAUAUAUAUCCACUUGGUUAUCCGAUCUAAUAGGAUUUAUACGAUCCCACGUCUAGAUCGGGAUCUAGACGAGUUAAGGAGAUCGUUAACUCCUGGUUCCGAGUUCACGUGUACCUCGUGAGUGAGUUGGAGAGUACCGGAACGGACACCAACCUAUAAAUGUUGUACGGCUGCUUCGGUAGGAUGAUUAAAAAAAUAUAAGACGGCUAUCUUUCGGUAUAUUUGUUUAUACGAAAAAUUAUAUUUUUGCAUAUUGCUCUGUUCGCGUUAUACGCAGUCUCUGUGAGCGUGUGGCACUCCUGUGAAAUUGGUAAUCGCGAUCGUGAAGUUUAGAAGGUGACAUGGCGUGCAUCAGAGCGCCUAGAUCCGUGCGUAGUUCUAGCGACGACAUCAAGGCGGAUUCUACACGGAAUAUCGUACAGAUAUACACGGAUUGGGCCAAUCACUAUCUGGAGCGUGGUGGUUUCAAAAGAAGAGUUACGGAUCUACAGUCGGAUCUGUGCGACGGCGUUCUGCUCGCCGAUCUCGUCGAAGCUGUCACGAAUCAAAGAGUGAUCGACGUCAACCGGAAGCCAAGGAGCGCACAACAAAUGGUCGAAAACGUGAGUCUGUGCGUGGGUGCCCUCCGGGCUCUUGGCGCGGAUGUGGGGGCUGUGAAUCCUGGUGACUUGGCCACGGGAUCCACCCUUACGCCCGUCCUGGCCCUCCUCUACGCCCUCUCGCAGCACAAGCAACGAGCCAAGCAGCUACUCGACAUGCCUCGACUACCCUCGCCGUACAACAAACAGACGGGGGUCGGCGGACCUGGCACUGGUCCCGGGGGUACGAGCAUCCCCCUGCCAGCCACUGUAGCCGCUACAAGAAGAUGUCCUCCGGACAAGGUCAGACCAGCGCCAGCUCCAGCUCAUCAGACGCAACUUGGAGGACUGAAACACGGUAACGGCGGUAUCGGCAGUGCCAGCAGUUCCAGGAGUACGAGUCCGAGUCAGCAGCAGAUUCCCCAGGGCGGAUUGUCGUUCAUCCCUCAGCCACGUUCACAGAAUACGGGGAGGCAGCCUACGGCUACGACACCUAGUCCGAGAGCUUCGACUGUUGGUAGACCCGGUGGGGGCCUUAGGGCCCCGCAACCGUCACCGUACUCGGGCACCGUCGCUCCUCCUGUACAACAGGGUAAAAAUUCUGUGCUCGACAAAUUCAAGCUGUUCAACAACAAGGAGAAGAAUCAGGAACGCGUCAAGGCGUCUUCCGGCGUCUCCAAAAGGACGUCGAGCUCCUCUGGGUUCUCGUCGGCCAGGUCGGAAUAUUCGGAUAGUUCCACGUCGCUCUGCGAUCAGAACAAGGCUCAGGUUGAGUCUCCGAAGAGUAGGGCCCUCAAGUCGAAACUUCAGGCCAAGCCUGCCAAGCAAGCUAGUCCUAAAAGUGCCAGAAAGGAUCAGACUAAGACGCAGAGCAAGAUAGCGCGUACUAAAGGGACCGAGAAGCUGCUGUAUAAUCCGACGUUGGAGGAGGCCAAGGCGAGCAAGAUCAGUAACGCGGGUCCAAAAUUGGCCGUGGAUAAAAAGGCCUCGAAUUUGGAUUUAUUGAAACAGACUAGUCAGCUACAGAAGUCUAACUCUCCACUGGCGACGCCGAAGCAGAUACCGCAGGAGACGAAAAUUUUGGCUAACUCGAAGACCGACCCGGUGAAAUCGUGUCAGAGGCCCAAAAUGGACCUUCCGGCGAAACUUCAGGAUCCCAAGGCUCAUCCGCAGGGAAUGAAAGUUCCGCCAAAUGGAUAUAACAAGGAUGUCCUACUGCAGAGAGGCCUCGUUACCAAUGCUAAUGGGAUGAUCAAGCAGAGUGGUCAGGAGGCGGAAUUUGGAUGCAGUCCAACGUCCGAAAAUGGUCCAGUCUUCGAUAAUACAUUGUCCAUGAAUCAGGCGAACUCGAAUUUAUCCGAGGAACAGAAUGAGAGCACAAAUAAGUGUCUACAGCGCAACGAGGACGCAUCCAAGAAUGGACAGACUUCCUGCGAGAGCAUCAGAGAGAGGGAAUCGAAGCCGCAGAACGCGAGCAAUAUCAGUGAUCCAAAGUCGGCGGAAGUUGCUGUUCACGCGAAGGAGAGUCCGCAUCCGGGGGAGAGUAUCGGUGACUCGAGUGAAAACAAGACCUCGGGAAGUGAAGAUUUUGAAAAUCUCAACAACCUGUCGUCGUGUCAGCACGGAAAGCAGAAUAACGGUACCAGCUCUCCGCAGACGUUAUCGAGUUCAGGUGUCAGUCCUGGCUCCAGCAUACCGAAGCCAACUGCCCUCGUAAAAGGCACCUCAAAGCCACCUAAGGAAACGAGCGUCCCCAGCGUCCCGACGCCCACGAAACACAAGAGUGACUCGCUACACCGUAAACUCGAUCCCAAUACAGUGGCAAUGGUAUCACCGAUGCCAAGUAUAUCCGAUCUCAUGUCAGAAAGUUCACACAGCAAUUCCAAUAGCACGGGACAGAGCAAUUCCAGCGACAGCAGUGUCAUCUACCGGCCAAGCAGCGAGAGCGGAAGUGAGAUCAAGACAAUUCCAAACCGGAAGAUCGACACGACCUUCGAACAAAUGGAAAAGGUCCUGUCGGAAAGUUCAACGUGCGGCGGCGGCGGCUCAAUGGCGGAUGACGAAGCGGAGAUGACAGUGAAGCCCAUGCAACCUUUAUUAAGGGGUUACACACCAGGUGCCAGAGGACUGCAGACACUUCCCAGUAGAACAACGGCAAGGCAAUACACCGUACUUCAUUCCUCCUCCCAUCAUCACGUCGGACACGAUUAUGCCGACAUAGACAUAGCUUCUGGUUAUCUGAGCGACGGAGAAGUCUUACGUGGUGGAGGUAUGAACGUAGGCAGCAGGACCUUGUCUGAUCUGUGCGACGGCUACAUGUCGGAGGGUGGCGCAUCCUUGUACGCUCGUAGGAUCAAUCCCUCCUAUGCUCACGAUCACGACAGAUACGUCGGCGGUUCCAGGCGCGAGCUAUCCGGGGUGAAGGAGCUGGUGAACUCGAGGAGGGUGCAGAAGAGGCCAUCCGGGAACGGAAGGUCGGAUGGCGGUUGCAUUGGCGGGAGCGGAGCUGGCGUCGAGGGUGGUUUGCUAGGGGGUUGCAGCGGCGGCAACGACGCCCUGGCAGAACUCACCAUCGAGGACCUGGCCUCCAUUCCCGCCGGCAAUCACACUUCCUCCAAUCAUACAGGACAUCCCUCGCAUCACAAGAGGGUGCCGGGUGGCGGUAGCGUGAUUGUGGGGGGUGGCGUCGGCGCCGCGUCUUCUGCCACCCCCCAGGGGGCCCAGCAGCAAGGGAACAACCUGGUCUACCGCGUGGUCAGUUCACGACAUCCGGCGACUGGACAUCAUCCUCACGUGAAGAAGAGCGACAGUUCACAGCAAACGGACACCUCGGCGUUCAAGCAGCAACAGCAGCAGCAACAACAGCAGCUGCAGCAGCAGCAACAGCAAAACGUCAAUUGUUCAAACAGUAGCUCUUCGAACAGUCAACAAUGGAAAAAGUACAUAGAGGCUGGAGCCGCCAGGGACAGAGACAGGGACAAGGAAGGUGCUCCACCUAGUCCUAGUCCUUCCAGGCGCUCUCAGGUACGUGGAGACAAACACCGUAAGCAGGCCAUGGCGGAAUACGCUAACGGUGAGAAGCCGCAAAAAGUGUCUUCGGGAACUUCAACCAGUGGCAGCAGCAAGGUCAGAGGUGUACCGCAGAGUUUUGGAUACGUAAAGAGACACAGUGCAGGUACAAGUCCUAGUCCCAAUGGUGCUCAAAAUGGCGGGAAGGAUGCUGCGAGGACUGCACAAGUCAGUGCUGUACCAAGAACAAAGGUUAAGGUCUCCGGUGGUACCCAGACUUGCACCACGGAGCUUCAAGCGAAUUCCUCGGGUUCGAACCAGGGUGGCCACCACUAUAAGAGCUACAGUCUCACAGGCGCAAGCGCCAGUCAGCUGUCACAAUCCGUCAGGGAUCGUCUUAUGCUGGGUUCGCAGAGUCUACCAAAACCCGGAAGUCCCGAAUUCACCGCACUCUUCGCUGCCGCUCAUCAUCGUGAACGUGGCGGUGGCGGAGGACCGCAGACCUCCUCGUUCUCACCUCGGGUUCUCAAACCAUCCGACGGAAGUCUGAGCGAUACCUGCAGCAAUUACGCAGCGCCUGAUCUCCAAGGAUACUACGCGCCUAACAGUCCUUACACUACUUCCUGGAUGCGACACAGCAAUACCUACACACCUAGUGGCCGCUCGCAAGGAAUGGGUCUGUGCGAGGCUGAUAGCGUGGAAUCCCUGGGUUCACACCGUGCAAGCUUGACCCAUGCACGACUCCUGAUGCACCAGAGGGACUCGACAGGAUCACCAGCACCCCCGCGAUUAAAUCGCAGCAACUCCAUCAGGUCUACCAAAAGUGAGAAAAUGUAUCCGUCGAUGCUGGCGCGUGGAAGCGGCGCCUCUUCCUCGGUCGGUGAAGAAGUUGGCGUCGGUAUGGGAAUUGGAGUUGGCGUCGAACCUUACUAUAGCGUUCCCGUCGGCACAGCCAGUUGUACCGGACAACAUUGGUCCCAACCAACUUCACCGACUCCAACUCAUACUUCGCGACAGCCACCCAAUCUCUAUCAGCACGUUCAUAAGGAUGACGACAUACACGGCUCUUCGGUUUCAUUGGUAUCUACAGCAAGCAGUCUCUACAGCUCCGCCGAGGAGAAACAAGCUCACGAACUCAGAAAAUUACGAAGAGAGCUAGUGGACGCUCAGGAGAAGGUGCACUCGCUAACCAGUCAGCUGUCUACCAACGCCCACGUUGUGUCUGCCUUUGAACAGUCCCUGUCGAAUAUGACGCAGAGGUUGCAGCAGCUCACGGCCACUGCCGAGAAGAAGGAUUCCGAGCUGCAGGAGCUACGGGAUACGAUAGAAAGGCUCAGGAAGCAAAGUGCCGAGGCAGGUUUGAAUAGCGCAUCAUCAUCUAACGGUAGAAGACACACCCUGGGCGAUUCGGAGGGUACUACCGGUUGCACAGGAAGUAACAAUCAUCAAGGAUCAUCGAUAGCCAGACAGCUCUCAGCCGACAGUGUGACUUCCUUAAAUUCCCUGAGCAGUGCCUGCUCUGCCAGUAGCCAUCACAAGAAGAAGGGUUGGCUCAGAAGUUCCUUCUCCAAAGCCUUCUCCAGGUCCAGGAAGAACAGGCAUGGUUCCGUAUCCGACGCUGAAGACUGCAAGGACGGUCCUGGUGAACUGAGUGCACCAAACAGUCCACGUCUACCAACUGCUGCUAAGCACGAGUUGUCCCAGGGUCACGGUCCAGGUCACGGUACCAGGAGUAACGGGCAGAAAUCACCGGAACACGAAAACGGGCUCACCGGAAGUAAGAGCAGCUCAGCUCUGUACAAAAAGGAAGACGAGGACGUUGAUGAGUUGAAGAAACAACUAAGAGAAAAGGACAUGGUCCUUACUGAUAUAAGGUUGGAAGCCCUGUCGUCAGCACAUCAGUUAGAGUCACUCAAAGAUACUGUUAUCAAAAUGAGAAACGAGAUGCUGAACCUGAAGCAAAAUAACGAGCGACUGCAGCGCCUGGUAACAUCGAAAUCCUUAACUUCCUCGCAGUCGUCUUUGCCAAGCGAUCCAGAACGUCGAUUUAGCAUGACCGAAGUUGCCUCGAGCGUGGCUGCACUGUCUAACGGCGAUAAUACCUCUGCAGCCGAUCAACUGGAGGAUUUAAAUGUCCCGGAACAUCCUGUGGUGCCGUCAACAGCUGCCACUACUAAUGAACCGCACAUGGAGCAGGAUACUGAUGGAAAACGUAUAAGCGUAGCCGUGUAUCUUGGUAGCGAGAAGACCUUCAACUUUAACAUGUCAGGAAAUCCAGAUGGAGCUAGUGACCCGGCUCACUGCGUCAUUGCCAGUGUUUGCAUAUCUAACAAGACCAGUUGGGAUGCCUUGGACUCGACUGUUCGAAGAUGCUUCAAGGAAUACGUAUCCAGGGUGGAUCCUGUUACCAAUCUUGGACUUGGCGUCGAAUGCGUGGCCGCCUAUCAUCUUGGAGAAGCGUCACGAUGCACGACAGACUCACAGCAUCCUGAACUACUUCCCUGUGGAUAUCUGGUGGGUCACGUGAAGACCAUUUACCUGGUGCUAUCCGGAUAUUCCUGGCUGGCGGUGGACACCCUCAUUCCUAGGUCAAUUGUCCAGAGACUGGUGUCCCUGCUGACAGAACAUAGGCGAGUGAUACUGUGUGGGCCUAGUGGUACUGGCAAGAGUUAUCUUGCUGGUAAAUUAGCACACGCACUUGUGGACGCUGAUACGGAUACUAAGGAUGCAGCUGCUGUUGCUACCUUUAACGUUGAUCAUAAAUCCAGCAAAGAGCUGAGACAAUAUUUGGCACAUAUUGCUGAACGAUGCGAUUCUAAUGCUGCUGAUGAACUUCCACGCGUUAUUAUACUGGAGAAUCUUCAGCAUGCGGCAUCACUUGGUGAACUAUUCAGUGGUCUACUUGGUACGAGACACAGCUCCUGUCCUGCAAUCAUUGGCACCAUGAGUCAAGCUACCUGCAGCACGACGAAUCUACAGUUACAUCAUAACUUUAGUUAUUUUCUUAAUAGGUGGGUCCUAUGCGCAAAUCAUAUGGAACCUGUCAAAGGAUUCCUGGGUAGAUAUCUACGACGUAAACUUCUGGAGCAUGAGCUGCGUGAAUCUGGAGGCGCCAGGAACGCGGAAAUGGCUGCAGUGGUCGAAUGGAUUCCGCGAGUCUGGCUGCAUCUCAAUAAGUUCCUAGAGACUCACAGCAGCAGCGACGUUACGAUAGGUCCCAGGUUAUUCCUCUCCUGUCCGAUGGAGGUAGCAGGGUCACAGGUAUGGUUUACGGAUCUCUGGAAUUACUCGGUUAUCCCAUACCUCGUGGAAGCUGUCAGAGAGGGUCUGACACUUUAUGGAAGACGAGUUAGUGGUAAUGGAAACAGCGAGUCAUCCUGGGAAGAUCCAGCUCAGUUCAUAACGUCCAGCUAUCCUUGGAUAUCCACUCAUGCCGUCCAUGGCGGUAGCGACGCCCUGCUUCGUCUAAGACCCGAAGACGUUGGAUACGACGUAGUCACAUCUGGUCAUAGUUCAGGCGUCGGGGCGUCAAGCGUGAAGUCACUUGGCAGCGCACACAGCGACACAGAAGGAGAUCCUCUGCUGAAUAUGCUUAUGAGACUACAGGAAGCUGCCAACUAUUCCAGUCCUCAUAGCAAUGACAGCGACUCGGUCACUUCCUUGGACUCGUCGCACACCAGACACUCUGAAGAUCUGAGCUCAUCAACUUCCUCUUCAAGAGGCGUCGAAUCUGCCCUCUAAGUGAAAUAUCCAAUCUCCAUUUUUUUGUACAUAAUUCAACGAUACAAUCCGCAAAUGCCUAAAACACGUUAAAGACCGUAUGCAUUUUAUAAAGCGUAUCAUCUUCAAACAGAUUAAUGAUCGGAACGCCGAAUUUCGUACGAUUCGUGUGGAUAGAGCAUAAUAAGAUAAUAGACAGCGUCGAUAGUGGCUGUAUUGUUUGAGGGAUGAUCAGCCGGCUAGGCCUAGUUUUUCAGCGAAUUAAAGACGAAAGAAAAAAAGAAAUGCAAAGAAACGACAAAGUAACUUCCGAUUUGCACGUAACAGAUCUUUUUUAUCGACAACGUGUCUUUAUUUAUAUUUUUAUGUAUUCAUAUUUCGUCGUCUUCGAGAAUCGCGAGAGAUAAUAAGAGAAUUAAAAAGAAAAAACGUUAUUGAGCCAUUCGCCAACAAAAUUAUGUCCAGGUAAGCUUCCAUUUAUUUCCCCGUGGAGUAUGCCUAAUGAAGGCCUACCUACUAUACUUUUACGAUACACAAGCGCCUGGACACGUCGGUGUGAUAUGUAAUUAAUUGAUUAAACAAUUAAGCGACUAGCAAACGACAAAUAAGCCAUAGAUACGUGUCUCUCGAUAAGUCUACGAAUAAUCGUCCAUGCAAUGCAAUAAAGCUACGCUGCCGUAACAACAGAGGUGCGAUUCUAUUUUACAAGAAGCAUUUGUCAGCGUUCGUAUAUUAAAAUAACAAUUACGAUUGCAAUUACGUAUUUUCAGCGGGAUUUUAUAAGCCGCUCUUUAAAAAUCGAAAGACGAACGAUAUUAAAUUAAUAACAAUGUAUACAGUAUUAUAGGACGUAACAAGAUGAAAAAUGACGGCUUCGAACUGCUAGCUGCAUAUGUCAAUUCAAUAGACGCGUCGAACCUGUGCAUAUAAAUGUUUUACUCAUUUUUUUUCUUCUUUUUUUUCUCUUUUGAUUAUUACGUCCGAACAGAGACUAUCAAAUUUCUAAUUAACAAUUUAUUAUUGGACCCGCUUGAGUGUGUACAGCGCAGUUCGAGGCGGACACUGAUGAACGUGUGCAAAAAUAGUCUAUUUAUACAUACAACUUGCUAUAAAACUUCUAUUUAAUUAAAAGAAUGUUAAUAUAAUAAUAUAUAUCGGGAGAAGAAGAAAAAAAGAUGAUAAUGACGCUGAAUUUUAUAUAUAUUGUAACGAGGACGAGUAAGAGUUGCAAGACUAGCCUAAGACACAUGAGUAAUUCUGGUCAUAUAAUAUUGUAAAUAUAUUGCUCGAUGGAAUUAGAAAGGUGAGUCUUACAGUCGGAUUUUGGGAGAAAAUUGUGUAAACGAGAAUGUAAGGUAACUGUGAUGUCAUUUGUUGGUGCAGCUUUAUAACGAUUCUGCCCAAUUGCAUUAAUGUCGUCCUGACUUAUGACUUUUACAGGGACUUUAUAUUAUUUGUACGUAUGUAAUUGACUGGCAGUAAUACGUCUGGCGCGUGGAUGAAUGCACGUGAAGUAAUAACCUUAACGUGUAUGAAAUUUAACGAUUAUACAGUCACAUUUAAAGGUUUUUUACGUUUGUACCGUAUUUAUACGCUGUACGGCGCUGCACCCGAACUCUACUCAAAUAAAGAUAAUUAUUGUGUCCAUAAAAUAAAAAUAUUAAAUUCUGCAAAUGCAAA